AUGCAAUUAUUUAUUUGUAUAAGUGAUUAUUGGGAAAAGCGGACGUAUUACCAAUUACAGCCCGAAGAGAACAACAACAAAUCAUCAAAUGUGGAAAUAAAUGUUUUAACAAAAAAUGACAUUAGGAAGCAAAUAACAACAACUGCCUUAGCAGAACAACGAUGUAGGACAUUGAGGAGAUGCCGCAUCGAUAUAGAUGGCAUAGCGUUCUAUUAUUUGCUCAAAGAACUACUUCAUUUUAAGGAAUAUCGUAGAAUCUUGUGUUGCCAUCCAGCUUUAAAAGAUACUCAAUUGUUGUGGCUGCAAAUUGUACCACCGGCCAAGGAGAUUAUUGACUAUCGGUGGAACCGCAUGCUGGCCCGCAAAUUAUGGGAGAAAAUCGAAACAGAUUAUCUAAUGUCAUGGCUAUCCACAUUGGGUGGCGGCUAUUCAGCAUUGGGUGAACAAUUUUCUGAAUGUGCUCAAGUAGCUGGAAAAAUCUCCCGGAAACAGCUACGCAUCGGCAUCCAAUUGGGUGACCCAUUCCUGCAAUCACGUUGUUUACUCUACUACAGCAUAUCUUUAAUACAAAUUGGACGGUUACGAACUGCCAAAUAUAUAAUACGUUCCCAGUAUGCCUUUGCCCGGGCCAAUGAGGAAAUGGAUAGCCGUUUGGUAAAAAUGUGUAAAGGCAUUUGGCUGAGAUUACAAUAUGAAUAUGGUCUGCGAAUGAAAAAGAAAGGAAGAGCAAUUGCAUAGUG